GUGGACCAAAUACAUGGUCCUAUCCGGAGACCGCAAGGAGAAAAUUUGCAGCCAACAUUUUGUGACCAGCGAUUUUAUAGAAAACACACGAUGGAAACUCAGGAAGACCGCAGUUCCAUCAGUGAAGCUGGAACAUUCGGUGAAAUAUGGAGGAUCCUGCUGCGUCACUAAAUGUAAACCCAGCAAACGAAAGACAAGUUUGCACCGUUUUCCGACUGGAAAGCAAAUCCGACGUAGGUGGAAGAUUGCCUUGGGUUUGAAAGAAGCUGAUGACACAACAGGCCUACUGAUUUGUAAUCGUCAUUUCAUGUUAUCUGAUUUUGUUAAAGUGACUUCCAGAUACUUGAAAGCUACCGCAGUUCCGUCCAAGAAGAUUAGUCGGAUAAUAAAGCUUCCACGAAGGGAUUUAAAGAAGCUAAAUUUGCCAAUCCACUUAGAAGAUCAUAAUUAUAGUGAGUAUGCCUGCCCACCGCGGAGUAACCGGAUAUGUUACGUCGAAGGAUGUCGAUCGAAAACGGAAGGGGACAUAAAACUACAUAAGUUUCCUGGUCGCAAAGAUGUUAGAUUCAAGGAGUGGAUACGAGUUUUAAAGUGUUCUAAACUACCUACGGCGAACUCUAAAGUGUGCAGUUUACACUUCUCGAAAUCUAAUUAUUUUCCCGGUGGAUCACGUUUAAAACGAGACGCCAUUCCAUCGUUGAAUUUCUCAAAUACAACUACCGGCUCGGACUCAACAAGUUCUUCUGAAGCUAGCCCCACGCACGGUUCUACCUACUGCCACGAAGAGGAUCAAGCGAAGAAAAAUACUUCAAGUGACCGGAUUUCGGAGAACCAAUCCACGCAUGUGCCGGUUUUCGUGAUGGAUUCGUGUGAGGAUCAUAACGAUGGUGAAAUCGGUGGAAAUAGAUCAAAUGAUUUUGCGGUUGGCCAGAGCUUUCAAGAAAGUCAAAUUUUAAACGAUACUCUACUGCUUGACACAUCUCAGCUUUCGAUAAAUACACCGAUUGCGGAGAGCACCGCUAAAAAACACCUGCGGAAAAAGAUAGUUUGCAGAAUUCAGUUAAGGCAAGCUUCAAAUCUGCAAUAUCUGCAAUAUCUAACUCACAAGUAA